AGUCGGUGCUUUCCUCUGUUCCAUUAUGCAAUACCCCAACCCUCAGAUCCAACCUCCAGGGCAGGUCCAGAUGGCUACAGUCAUCGGCAAUCCCAUGCCGGUAGGUAGGCCUACUACCGUUCUUGAUGGUAUGCAGAUUGUGGCUGGCCUGCAAAAGGUUCAAGUCCGUGAACUACGUCAGAUGGUCGAAGCCAUUACGGGCUUUGAUCAACGUAACAAGUAUAUCGUCAAGGAUGAGGCAGGACGCGACAUUUUCUAUGCUGUUGAAGAAUCUAAUGUGUGUGAGAGGAAUUGUUACCCCGCGGAUUGUGCCCCAUGGGACUUGCAUAUAUAUGUACUGGGGCCUAACGGACUACGUGGAGAUCUCAUCCAUUGGCUCACAGUACAUCGUCCGUGUUCCUGUACCUGCUUGUGUGCCAAUCGACCAGUAGCCUAUGUGACUGAGACGUCGACUGAUCAGUUGUUGGGUACCUUGCACGAUCCCUAUGCAUGCUGUGAUCUCACAUUCAAGAUUAAAGAUGCAGCUGGGAAUGAUGUCAUCACAGGGGUUGGAGGAUGCUGUCAGUUAGGGAUGUGCUGUCCCUUACCGUGUGGCCCCUGUCAACACGUUGGUGUGGAAUUGACCGAUUCGAUGUAAGUUCUAUACUAUGGUCUCACUGGCAUUUUUUGAAAUUUAUCUUAGGAAUAAUUCCGGGGUUGGGAAAAUCGACAAGUAUUGGAUGUGGGGUGACUGUUGCCCAAUAUGCUUCAAGGUUCUUGCCAUCUCUACCAUUUAUCAUAUUGAUAUUCUAUCAGGAACAAGAUAACUAUUGGAUCACAUUUGGGCAAGUUCAGAAUCCUCGAUGGAAGGCUCUGUUGCUAGCCUUGGGGAUAUUCAUGGACUUCAGAUACUUCAGUCCUCGCAACCAACCCAACAACGAGUGAUUAGAGUGGAUGGUCAUACCCUCAAGGGGAAUCCCUUUUCUACUGGGGAUUCCUCCCCGUAUAAUCAUGUCGCAUCGGUCCUUUUAAAUGCUAUUUCCCAAUCUAUGGUUGAAGUUUGACACGUUGAUCUAUCGUCUGAUCUGAGGAUAUUUAUUUGA